AUGGCGAGCCCUGGCCCAGGCGCACGUGACGCGCGCUCUCCCAGGACAUCGCCGCGGACAUCACCACGUUCAGAUGCUGGCAGAACUGGCCUGCCGAGCAGAGUGCAGGCCCCGGCGGAGGCGAGCAUACCGGCAAGUUCUUUCUGGGCACCGCCGAAUCGGAGUCGAACCUCUUCGACGGCAACCGCGAAAAGCACGGCCUCCCGGAGCCCCAGGGCCAGUCCCCCGUCUCCUACGGCAGAGCCUACAACGAAGGCUUGGGUGAGGCUGUUGGACAAAGUCUCCGCGGUGCUCGAAGCAGAGGACAGGAACAAGGCCAAAGCAGCAGCCGGAGCGGAGGAGAGCUUCGACGUCGGACAGCCCUCGCCGCCGUCUGAACCGAAGAGUUUUCGAACGUCUCCGGACGCAAGGGAUCCUCUGGAUGUCGUCCCGCGCGUGACUUCUCAAGCGCCGAGCUUGACAAGGACCAGCCAAGAGUCCGAAUCAAGCCUGCCUGCGACGUCGGUGGAAGUCAUUGAACUCACACUCCACUGCCAGCAAAGUGGUGCUGUUACGGAUGAUGUGAACUCGAAUGCCUCGACUAGCGUGGCUGCUGAGAAGCCAGACCAGGAGGCUGUCAGUCUCUCUGAGGCCGCUCGCUCUGUCAUCGCACCUUGCGCCAGCCGUGAAACCUCUGUUUCUGCUGCAAGCAGGGCUACCUCUGUGUCUCGCACGCAGCCGUCGACAGCGCCAGGUCCCAGAGCUGUGGUUCUGAGUUCUGCGCGGGUUACCGGCCCAAAUGGUCUCCUCCCUCUCGCAGCUUACACUACGUCCUCUGGACCCGUAAAAAGCUGGACGCCGAUCUGGAACCAACAAGCGCCGGUGGUAUUCCCAGCUUCACCAGCUGCUACUGGCAGGCCAUGCGGGUCUCCUUUGACGUCUUCCCCCAGGGUCCAUCAAGUGGAGUCUCCGCGCAUGCCACGGCAGGAUGGUGUCAUCCUUGGACUCCCCUGCCAGUCAGGACCAGGAAGCCCUGUGGGUUCGCGAGCAACGCAUGUGGAGGGCCACGUCUUCCGCACGUCGCAACCCAGCAGUAGCCAGCACAAGGAGGUCUCUCCGCGAGUCCAGUUUGCACUUCUGCUUCCGGAGCUCGACGAUCGCCAAGGGUGGUUCAGAAUGGUGUUAGUUGGCACGUUCGGAGCUGUCGAGUAA